AUGUUUAAUGAGAUUGUUAGACGAAAACAGCAUCAAGCUGAAUUAGCAAGACAGAAACAAAUUGAUGGCUUGGCUCGCCAUCUCAAGAGAAAAAGAGAUAAUAUGAUUGAAGUAAAUGAACAAAUAGUUAAAUUCAAGAAAAAUUCGACUAAAAAAGCAGAACAUAUACUAGCAGAUGUUUUUGUGAGGCCAGAAUUGGAGGGGAAAAAAGUACCUGGUGACUUGCAGAUUCAUGAAAAUGGCAUUCGUUAUGUGUCUCGUCAUUCAAACCAGAAAAUAGACAUGCUAUAUAGCAAUAUUAAACAUUUAUUUUUCCAACCUUGUGACUACGAGUUGAUUGUAAUUUUGCACAUACAUUUAAUCAAUCCAAUUGUCUUUGGAAAGGAAAAGGCCAAAGACAUUCAGUUUUUCCGUGAAACGUCUGAUGCUCAAUUUGAUGAGACUGAUUAUGGUAAAAGAAAGACCAAGUAUGUUGAUGAAGAAGAGGUUGGUUCAGAGCUAAAGGAUCAUAGAAGACAAUUCUUGUUAAAUAAAAGUUUUAAAGGCUUUGCCAAUAAAAUUGCAAAGUCCAGUAAUGAAAAAGUACAUGUGGAUGUUCCUUUUAGAGAUAUUGGAUUCUUCGGUUUUCCAUUUAAAACCAAUGUAUUAUUACAACCAACAACUGAUUGUCUUGUUCAUUUAGUAGAUUUGCCAUUUUUAGUUAUAACUAUGUCUGAUGUAGAAGUAGUGAACUUGGAAAGAAUACAACAUGGAUUUAAAAAUUUCGACAUGGUGUUAAUUUUCAAAGAUUAUACACGCCCACCAAUGCAUAUUGACACCAUUCCAAUGCAUCAAUUAGAAGGUGUAAAAGAAUGGAUGGAUUCAAAAGAUAUUUUAUUUUAUGAAGGAACGACUAAUUUAAAUUGGGCACAAAUAAUGAGAUAUAUUAACAAAGAUCCAGUAGGAUUUUAUAAUAAUGGUGGCUGGUCAUUUUUACAUGAAAAGGAUUUGGAUUCAAGUAGCAGCGAUGAUUAUGAAGAAUCAGGAGGAAGUGAUGAAUCUGGUGACGAGAAAAAACGAAAACAUUCCAUUGAUCCUACUACAAGCACAAAUAAAAAACUCAAUAUAUGA